AUGGCGGCUGCGGCACCAGGUGCAGCGUUUCCAAUGGAUAUUAAUAUAGCCGAAAAGGAGGUUUACCAACUUGUAUCAACAGCUGAUCUCUCGGAGCUGACCAGCAAUAAAGUUCGAAAACAUUUAAGUGAAACUUUCGGAGUAAAUUUCGAUCCUUAUAAGGAUAAAGUGAAUGAUUUGACACGUCAGGCGAUCUUGAAGUUGAAUAAAAAGAACGAGGAGAGUGAUAGCGAUUCGGACGACGACAAGAAUGACGAUGAAGAUAAAAAAUCUGACUGUAAGAAAGAGUCUUCGUCGUCGUCAGAUUCGGAUUCGGACCAUGGAGUUGCUUCUACGCAGCGAGCCAAGAAGAAGUCGAAGGUGAAGGAUGCUUCGCCAGAAUUCAGUGAUCUCGCAACAACGAUCAAAUCGACACGCAGAGCUGCUGCUUCAAGAGCGAUGAAAGAUAUUAAGAAAUCUGCUGGUCCUCUUUCGGGAAAUAAGAGAAAGAAGGAGAAGGAUCCGAAUGCAGACAAUUCAGGCAAAUUCGGACGAAUGACCAAAUUGUGCUACAUCACCCCAGAAUUGCAGGAGAUUGUUGGCAGCAAAUACAUGAAACGGUGUGAUGUGGUCAAGAAAUUAUGGGAAUAUAUCAAGGAGAAUAACCUCACCGAUCCAAAAAAUAAACAAUUUGUGAUUAGCGAUGCCAAACUUGAAACUAUCAUGAAGCGCAAGAGAUUUAAGGGAUUCUCAAUGGUUAAAUUCUUGACGAAACAUGUCAUUAAUCCCGGAGACAUUGAUGCCGAAACCGUCGCUGAAGCCAAUGAAGAAAUGGAACGUUUGAAACGGGAAUGGAGGGAACGCCAAAUGGCAAAAGAAGCGAUAGUUGAUGACGAUGACGAUGAUGAGCCGAAAUCAAAGAUUCCCAAACAGGAAGCGACGAAAAGCGACGAUGAUGAUGAUGAUGAGGCAAAUGAUUCUGACAGCUCACUUAUCUCAUCUCGUAUUAAUUUUCAACUAGCUCUUUACACCAAAACUUGUUUGAGCAGAUUCAUUGACGGGCACAAAAACCGAAUGGAGCGAGAAUCGAGAUCGAAACCCAAAAAAACGGCGAUUCAAUCGUUUCUUGGGCGAUUAAAUCGAAGUAAGAGCCGAGAUGUUGAAAAGAAAGUUGUCGAAAAUGGGAAUGAAAAUCGAGAUCCCAAAGGUGUUCCAUUGUCGAAAAGCGACGGAAUGAUCAAGCAUGCAAGACGACCAUCAACAUGCUCACAGGCAUCCAAUCCAAGGAAAACCACUUCUGAGCAUGAUUUGGUGACGGCGGUGAACACCACAAGCAGCAGCAGCAGCACAACAUCGCCAAUUAGAAAUCAGGAGCAGCAGCAGCAGACAAGUGCGGUGUCGGAAAUGGAUUUGAGAUUUGUGACAAGUCGAAAUGAUCAUAUGUCAUUCCCAUUCGAAGAAACAUUUGGCUUCGGCGAAACUUCUCAGCGCGGAUUUCUGUCUGAAAAUGAUUUAUCGUUGGGUGCCGUCGAUUUUCCGGAAGUCACGCGAACGCCAAGUUAUUUGCGAGUCUCGAGAGCUCUUAAUGGAUAUACAAAAACACCGAAACGAGAUUUGUCUGCAAACUCACCUAUAAAUCGAAUGGGCGAAAGCUUGGUUGAACGAAGAUUAAAAAUGUUCUCGCAACCGCAAGAUCGAACGAAACAAAUUGCCGAUGAAUUCGGAACUCCGGUUGCAAGUUCGACAUCUGCUUCAUCACAUUCGAAUGGCGAUAUGUAUGUUUCGUUUUUUUUGCAGGAUUUUCCCUUGGUUUUUGCAUUUGUCUCGUUCCGCAGUGAUCUAGCAAUUUUCUAA